AUGAUUCCCUUUCUGCUGAUUGCUGGUGCCGUCGCCAGCGCCGUAAUCGAUGUGACAGAUUCGAAUUGGCGGCAAACUUUGCAGGGAGAGUGGAUGAUCGAAUUCUCCGCUCCUUGGUGUCCAGCGUGUCAGCGAUUCGAGAACGAGUGGAAUAAGUUGGGCGAAUAUGCUCCAGAACUCGGCAUAAAAGUUGGUAACGUGGAUAUUACCCACAACCACAGUCUCGCCGGACGAUUUGUGAUUACAUCGCUUCCUACUGUUUACCACUGCUUGGAUGGAAUCUGCACAAAAUACGACGAAGGUCGCAAUUUUGACGCCCUUCAUGAUUACGUCAGCGAGAAAAAGUACGAACAGUACGAUCCAUUGCCCUGGUACCGGCAGCCAAAUAGCAUAACUAUGUCGCUCAUCUCCUGGCUUUUCAUCUUUUCCUCCUACAUGCAAAUAACGCACGAUUAUCUCACGAAGGAAAUGGGUUUCAGCGACCUCGUCAGCUACAUCAUUUAUGGAGUGUGCACAAUCAUAACUGGGCUCUUUUUGGGUGCCGUUCUCGUCUUUGUGUCCGAUUGCAUCUCGCCGCGCAAACCCGUCAGCGGCCAACAUAAAAAAGUAGACACGCCCGCCGAGGAAGAAGAGCAAGAGAAAAAGAAGGAUUCACAAUUAAGGACUGACGCUUUUCUAACCAUUAAUUUGACUCUCGUUAUUUUAAGAAUGCCAACUGAGAACGAGUUGCUACUAUGUAAAAUCGGAAACGGUGCGCUUGCUGGUAUCGUCGGUGUCGGAGCAAGUUUCCCCCUCGAUUUAAUAAAAACGAAAUUUCAACUGAAUAAAGUCCAGUACCAUGGCAAAUUCGUCAACGCCUAUCGAGCAGUUGUUGCCGAGCGUGGUCUUACUGGACUUUAUGGUGGAAUUGGAAUCAAUAUGAUACUUAUCACGCCCGAGAAAGCGAUCAAGCUCGUUGUCAAUGACAGAAUGCGCGCCCGUCUUACUGAUAAAAACGGAAAUAUCAGUAUAAUGAACCAGGUUAUUGCUGGAGCGACGGCUGGAACCUGCCAAUGUAUUGUUACAUCUCCGAUGGAAAUGUUUAAAAUUGCUGGCCAGACUGGAACUCCUGUGAGCGUCACCUGGGCACAGCGAACUGCGGGGCGUGCGACUGCGAUUGGAAAGAUCCGGGGUGUAUACACUGGCUUCUGUGCUACGCUGAUCCGGGACAUUCCAUUCUCAGCUGUAUAUUUUCCAUUCUACGCGAUCGUUCGUGAGCAAAUGGCCAAAAGGUUACUUAAUCCAGGAGAAGACCCGACCUUUGCGAUGAAUUUCGCAUCCGGACUUCUGUCUGGCCUUGUAGGAGCAUUGACCGUGACUCCAAUGGACUGUAUUAAAACUCGUAUCCAAAAGCAGGGUGGUAUUAGUUGGAUGGAGGCUGCUAGAUCCGUGAUCCAGGAAGGCAGACAACAAAAUGGCUCAAUCGGUGCCGUCCAGGCACUUUUCAAUGGUGGCCUCGCUCGUGGGAUUGUUGUUGGAGUUUUAUUUGGCGCUGCUCAGGUUAUGUACGAGCUUCAAGCGACGGAGAAAAUUCUCGGAUAUGUCUAA